CGUCAAAAUCGCCUACCGAGCCCCACAGCAGACGGGACCCUUUGUGCAGCGCGCCUGUCCGACCGUGGCCAGAAGCGCAUGUGAUGCAGAUGCAUUGUCGCACAACCUCAGCAAGACAGCUACGAAGGCUUUCGCUUGGUCUUCCUCCCGCGAGCCACCGCCCCAAGCCCUGUUGUGCGGUCUAGUCCGGUGUCGCUGCUCGCUGUACAGUGUCAGCGCGCAAACAGUCUCGUCCCCCAUCUUCUCCGCUCGCUCGCCUUGCCGCAUCUCUCCACCUCUCCAACCCCAGAGCCCCAAGCGUUCCCGAUUCACCACCACCACCACCACCACCCGCCGACGGCCACUCCCACGUGCCUGUCACUGCAUCCUCGAUCGCGCCUUCUUCGUCGCCGCGUCAUAGCUGUUGUUGCGCGUAUGCGCCGAAUCGGAAGCGACCUCUUCCUCGACCCUGGCCAGGCUGCACCAAGCCAUGGAGCACUUCAACACCAACACCAUGUCGUACAUACCGCUCCAGACCGUCACAGGCCCCGACCAGCAGAUGGCCAUGCCGCUGCCGCUCCAGUAUGACCAGCGCUCAAACUUCGACGCCGAGACCUUCAUUGGAAGCGAGGACGCCUACUCGACAUACCACCUCCAGCAGAUGCCCCCGCAACUCAAGCGCUACCCCAGCACAUACGAAGACCCCUUCUCCGACGUCCAGAGCGGCUACGAGCAGUCGAUCCACCCACACGAUCAGAAUGGCGUGCCUGAGAGUCCGAGCAUCGAGAGCAACAACAAGCUCCUCAGCUUCUCGCUACCCGUCGUACCGUAUACCAUCCUCACAUAUGCCAUGCAAAGAGUGUCAAUAUCCAUGUCGGCCCAGCUACAUGGCAUGUUCUUUUUGGCUGAAUCGCCCUGGGCGACCGCAGCCGAUGUUCAGGCGCCGUCAGAAUUGACUUGCUACAGGAGGAACCUCUUUCAGAUCACCGGCACCAUCACAAUCCCCCGGAGUCUGCAGUUCCUCAUGACCGAACAAGGCGACCAAAUACCCAUCCUCGGCCAAGAACUCACCAUAUCCGCAACUGAGUCACUCGAGGGCAAUCCCGUAAAGAUAAUAUCGGUUCCGUGGAAGACGCCGGCCACGGGUAGCACAUCCACCGAAGACAAAACUGAGAAGGAGCCACCGACAUACCCACUCGAUCUGUCGACCGGGCAGGAUAUGGACUCGGAGUAUGUUAGUUUCCCUAUUAGUUGGAAGCGACUACAGUUCCGGAUAGCGACUGCAAACAAUGGGCGGAGGAAGGAGCUUCAACAACAUUUUGUCGUGCGAUUGAAGGUGAUAGCAACUCUCGCUAGUGGUGUCAAAGUACCAAUAUGCGAAGUCCACUCUGGUGCGAUUAUUGUGCGAGGAAGAAGCCCGCGCAACUUCCAGGCCCGUAAGGACUUGCCCAUCAGUGGAGGUACAACCGCACGCAAAGUGCACACUCCACAGCAACCCAGCAGAACGCCGACUGGCGACACGAACCAGAACACACCGAAACAAACACCAAACCCGCCUGCGACCUCGUCUAAGCCCAUGGACUUACUACAGAUGCCAUUUGAGUUUACUGCAAAUGAAAUGCCGCCCUCUCCCGACUUCGACUGGAAGAUACCAGCAGGCGCCAUGACAGCAAUACCUCCCGAUCCACCAUCAUCCCAACUCCAACACGCCACACCCUACGCCCAAUCAACACCCGAGAUCUCACGAAGCGUGCCCCCGCAUCGCGCAUCUAUAGCCCCCGUCACCCUCUCCCUCACCGACGACGAGCCCCAAAAAGCACCGUCACCCAACGACCAGCAAAGGAAACGCGCGACACCAAUGCGACCCCCGUCCUUCUCCAUCGGCAUCAUCAACAGCCCUGAUGAAAGUGCUGAUUUGCUUUACGAAUACUUCCCGCUUGGUCUGGAUGACUGGAUGCCGCCCGUUGAUGCUGUGUAUCGGCCACAUGUUGUUCAUCACAUCACGCCUUUCCCGCAGGACUCCAAGGCGGAUGCGGGGAAGAGUCGGUCGAAGAGGUAUUUUUCGGAUGCCUGGGGUUGAGGGGUGGUGUUGUAGGUUGUUUUUCUUUGUUAUGAUACCCUUUCCGCUGAUUCGUUUGGAUCAUUUUGUAAUACUGUUAUGAGGAAAAGAAUGUUGGUUGGUAGAAAGAGUUGUUUCCAGGCACGGAAGAGACUUGGGUAAGGACAUUGGGGAUCUUGAACUGGGAAGGGCAGGUAUGAGGUUGGACGUACACCUACGCCACGGACUGAACGUUCACCUUACCGUGAUGGCACUCCGUUGUUGACAUAUGAAUUACGUUGUGUCGUCAUGGUAAGGUGAACGCACAGUCCGUGGCACGACAUCUUGCGGUUAUAUACGACGGCGACAUCGUUUCCACUUCUUGGCAGGCUAUUACUAUACCAUUUUGUUCUCAUGUCACAUUACUCCCAACUGUAUCGAUAUCCACGUAUUCAUCCACCAUCUCCUGAUA